AUGGACCUUUUGAGAAUCUCCUGGCUCCUGCUGAGUUACUUCGUGUGUUUCUUCCUUUUGGCAGGCUCCUUCUGGCACAUUACAGACCUCCAUCUGGACCCCCAGUACGAAGCAGUGCCAGACCCCCUGCAGGUGUGCCCAUCUGCUGGCUCCCAGCCAGUGGCCAGUGCGGGGGCUUGGGGCAAUUACUUGUGUGAUGCUCCCUGGAUUCUGGUCAACUCUUCUGUCUAUGCCAUGAAGAACAUCCUCCCUGACCCAGAUUUCAUUCUCUGGACUGGGGAUGAUACCCCACAUGUUCCUAAUGAAAAACUGAGUGAAGGAGCUGUGCUGGACAUAAUUAAACAACUAACUGACCUGAUCAGACGGGUAUUUCCAGACACUCAGGUCUAUCCUGCAAUGGGCAACCAUGACUUCCACCCCAAAAACCAGCUGCCAGCUGGGAACAACACGAUCUACAACAGAGUGGCGGAUCUGUGGCACCCGUGGCUGAGCAACUCCUCCAUGCUUACGUUCAAAGAAGGUGCUUUCUACAGUGAAAAGCUGCCCGGUUCUGGCCCAGCAAGGCGGAUGGUCGUCCUCAACACAAACCUGUAUUAUGAGAAUAACAAUCAGACCAUCAGCUUGGAGGAUCCAGGAGGCCAGUUUCAGUGGCUGGAAGAGACACUUACCAAUGCGUCGAAAGCAGGAGAAAAGGUCUAUAUCAUCGGGCACGUCCCUCCUGGCUUCUUUGAAAAGAAGCGAGGAAAGCCCUGGUUCCGAGAGCGCUUUAAUCAACGAUACACAGAAAUAAUCCAGAAGUAUCAUGCAGUGAUUGUGGCGCAGUUCUUCGGACAUCAUCACACAGAUAGCUUUAGAAUGUUUUACAGUAAUGAAGGUAUUCCAAUAAGCGUCAUGUUUUUAGCUCCAGCAGUUACACCUUGGAAGACAACCUUGCCCGGGGUGCACAACGGAGCCAACAAUCCUGGUAUCCGUGUCUUCGUGUACGACCAAGAGACCCUUCUGCUCAAGGACAUGGUGACUUAUUACCUCAACCUCACCCACGCUAACUUGGGCGCCCCAAAAUGGGAAAAAGAGUAUAACCUAACAGAAGCUUUCCAAGUCCCCGAUGGCUCGGUCCAGUCCAUGCAUCUGUUGCUAGAGAAACUCUCAAAGGACAACAGCCGCCUUCAGCAGUAUUACCGGUAUAACUCCGUUCAGUAUGACCUCACGGACUGUGACAGCAACUGCCAGACCGACCACAUCUGUGCCAUCCGGGAAGUCAGUUUUGCGAAAUACGACCAGUGUGUUAAAGUCAGAAGCGCUGCAGCGCCAUCUUCAGCCCCGCUGCUGGGCCUUCUCUUCUUUUGCUCAGCUGUGGGACUCCUUACUCUUGGACUCUGGAGUGUCUUGAACAAACAGGAAUGUAAGCGGGGUGGUGAGGAUUCCGCACAGAUGAAGGGAAUAUAG